UGUCAUUGCAUUGAAUGAGCGUAUUAUACAUUGUGUGACCACACUAUACACACACACCAACCAAACACAUAGACAUUACAUACACUGUGUAUAUACUGUAUAUAUAACUAAAUAAAUUUUUCACUCAUUUGGUGAUAUAAUUGUGGUGUGAUUUUUAACUACUUCUUCAUCAUCACCGACGAGGAAGAAGACUAAACUAAUUUAAUAAUAAUAAUAAUACUGUAUAUAAAUACCAUUAAACAAUCACCGGAUCAGUGAGAGAAAGAGAGGGUCAAACAGAUUGACUCAAUUGGCUCAACACUUGACAUCUCCAGAGAGAGAGAGAGAGAAAGGAGAGCUCAAGAUCACAGGAUCUGUUGUUUUCAAAUUUUUUUCUUCAGUCGUCACUUGUCUUUGUUCUACUCAUUGAUCACUGAUUUAAUUUUUUUUGUCAUAUCAUCCCAACACACGGCCAAUUAGAUCCAAAGGGAGCGUUUGUUUCCUUUUGGACGAAAGUCAGGUAAUACUCAAUGACUUCCGGUGGACAUAAUGUCGGCAGUUUCGGGGCAAACGUCCAAAGGGGAGAACAAAUCAUCAACAAAACAGAAGUACCAGUCAUUGAAUAUUAAUAAUCUCUAUAAAGGAAAAAGUCUUGAAACCCAAAAGACAGGAUCAGUUGCUCCUAAACAUGGUUUGCAAACGUUGGGUAAAGUGGGCGCCGGUCGGCGAAUGCCACCACCGGCUAAUCUGCCGUCUUUGAAGAGCCAAACUACUAGCACUCAGAAUAUAACAUUAGUUCCUUCUGGAGGUCAAGGAUGGGGUCAAGGAAAGGAAGAGGACAGUCGAUCGACACCUCCUUUACAAACUUCCUCCUCUGGUGCAGACUUAACACAAUUGAUUUCACAAAAGCCGAUCGCCGGUCCUUUAAACACAUUAACAAACACUGCAUUAUUAACGAGCGGUUCAGUUGCCGAUACAAAUGUUGGAGGCAUUGCUCUAGGAUUAGCGGCCAACCAAUCAAUGCAAUCAAAGAGCUGGAGUACAGUUACUGCCACAGUAGUAGAACACCAGGAAAAUGGUCCCGACGUGAACUACUUAGCCCAAGAGUCGCCGUUUUUUCCUCAGGAAUUCCCCAAACUGGAUGGUGGCGGUGCCCCGCAAGACUCGACCACAAAAGCAAAUGCAGACACUUCAUAUGGUCCAGGACCCAUUCUUCGGCCGCAGACAGAGGGCAGUUGGGGCCGCGGAACUGCUCCGCAACCCGGUUCCAACAAUGGCGGUGGCGGCGCAAACCAAUUACCGAAUGCUGGCAACGCAGGCUUAGGAGGACAAUUGAUACCAUCAGCAGGAGCUGGAGGGCCGCCACCGUCGUCUUCGGUCGGCAACGAACAAAACAAACCUGUAUAUCCACACACCGGCUCUGGUGGCCAACCGAUGCAUACUCCGCACGGUCCGCCACUUUUACCGGGACAGACACCCAUGAAUUACAACCAACAGUAUCGAAUGAUGACACCAUAUCCGCCACACAUGGCAUAUCCGAGAGGGGCAUAUCCUGGGCCUCCAUACCCACCUCAAGGCUAUCCACCCCCACCUCAUGGACCUAUGGCUGCGCGUCAGCCCUAUUAUCCGGACUCGAGGGGACAACGAUUAGAUGACGAAUCAUCUGGUGGUCGUCAAAACCGAUCGGCCCCGACAAUCAUCACCGAUAAAGAUCUCAAAGGUUUUGAUGAUAUACUAGAAAAUGCUUCGGGUCAGACGGGCGGUUGGGCGGCGGCUAACGCUGAAAUUGAUUACAAUGCUAAGCUUGUUUUCAGCGAUGACGAAGAUCAGCCAACAGCAACAACAACCAAAGAGAGAUCGGAUAGUUAUGGUGACACCAGAAGUAAUAAUUCUAAUGAAAACAAUAAACGAAAGGAUUGGGAACGUAAAGACUAUGACAGAGGUGAUGAACGACCAAAAUAUAAAUCACAACAACACCAACAACAGCAGCAGCAAUGGCAACAACAACAUAGACAACAGCAUCCAAAUCAGCGAAAUAAUAACCGAAUCAAUAGCUAUGAGCACUCGCGAGACGGACCACCACCACCUUCUGGUUCUUAUUCAAAGCAAAUUCAUUCAAAUUAUUCUCAUUCACGACAACCACCACAACAACAACCGCCACCAAACAGAUCUGAACCGAUGGUCGCCGACGACGACGAAAUGUGGCGCCAACGUAGUCAACAGCAAACUGACGAAAUGGCUGCCGCUGUCGUACGGGCGCGACAGCGACGCGAAGAGGAAGAAAAGAAAAUGGAAAGAAGCCGACAGGCGGCUCACGAAAAGCUUCGGUAUUUAGAAGAAAAGGCCUCACAUGACAAGCCGUUGACGUCGUCGGCGGACAAAACCGAUAUUGAUUUCGAUCAAUCUUCGCGACACAGCAGUGAAAAUCGUGACGACAAAGUUGGUCGAGAUAUGCGUGAUAUUCGUACACGUGAUUACCCACGGGAUUCUAAUUUUCCGGGAGCUGGCGGCGGCAACAAAUACCCGAAAAAUGUCCCGCCCAGGUUUCAACGUCUACAAAAUAAUGGUCAAUCAAAUGUCCAAAAAUCUGAUAUGACAUACAAUAGUAAUCGAUUGCCGUCGGAAAGUGAUUCGCGUGAUGUCCGCGACGUUCGCAAUAAUCAAAUAAUUAUUAAGUCCUCUAUCGGUGACAAUUCCAGGUCAAACAGUCAAAUAAGCUCUGGUCACGAAAGUAUUGAAAGUGAAAAAGAAAGACGUACUCCUGACUAUGAUUCGGCCAAAGAUAGACGACAUCGAUCGUCACAUUCGGGUUCCGAUAGUCAAAAUUGGAGAACUGGACCGAAAACACCGUUGACCACUGAACCACUGAAAGACUUGUCCGAUAGUCGUCUACCCGAUGACAAGGAUUCUAAUAAAUUUGUCAAAGAUUUGCAUAGAGACUCGUUUUUCAAAGAUAACAAACAAAGAGAUGACAAUUUUGAUCAUAAAGUGGUCCAUAGAGACCAAUCAGAUCAUCACCACCAUCGAGAACUUGUCGAACGACAAGAGAGUUCGCAUAGUUCUCAUUCGGAUAGACGAAGUGUGUCGUCCAAAGAGGACAAGUAUGCGAAUAAAAAUAUGAAUUGGGGUCUCGAUAGUGAUAAUUACGGAACAAAGAGUGUUCACCAUCAACAACAACGCAGAGAUCAUAAUCGUCACGGACCUGUUCCCAUAACACAAAAGCAAUUCGAAAGUAUUACCGAACCAAUCAAAAAGAAUUUUACGCCAUUAAAGAAGUUAAAUCAGUCGACGACUGUUAGCAGCAGCGGUGGCGGCGAUACCACUAGAGAUACUAUGGCCGACAAAUUAAGUGAUAGCACAACAAUACAGCAAACAAAUCAAACGUUAACCAAUGAAAAUCUUAGUAAUAAGUGUAAUAAAAUGGAUAAUCAAUUGUUAUCUAAAGAGGACAUAACUAAACCUACUACUGAUGUCGCCGGCAUCGAGUCGAUUGAUAAAGAGAUGCGCGAAAGUGAUAGUCAUCUUGACAAAAAUGUCGCCGACAAAGAUUUGAUCAAAAAGGAUGACAAAAAUCAACGUAAAAGUAGUUCCAAUCGAUACGAUGCUCCGCCAUAUGCUGGCAGAGAUGGCGGAAGAGGUGGAGGACGCUAUUCGAGUCUCGGCAGUGGCGCCAAUAGAGGUCGUGUCAAAGAAUAUCGGCCGACACGUACCCCAAGUCAUGGAAGUUCGAGAAAUAAAUCCAAUUCGUUUGAUGGCAGCGAUGACAUGAACAGAAAGGAUGGACCAAAAGAGGUCCAGAAGUCUAAUGCGACUACAACUCCAUUGGACACGGAUGACAAUAAACGUGAGUACGACAGAGAUAAGUCUGAUCCCAAUAUUUCUGCAACGUCAUCGGUUGUACCGCCAAAUCAACGAAAUGAUUUGUCCCGACGAGGGCGAGGUAUGGCCGCCUUCAAGACUACUAGUGGUACAAGAGGUAUGCCCCGAGCUUAUGGUCCCAGCAACUAUGGGCCGCCACCUUCUAAAGCUGCUUUCGGUGAUGGAUCUAUUUCGAAAACAGAUAACAACCGGAAUUAUGACCACAAUCGCAAUGAAAAGUCUAGCGAUUCAAGGAAUUCGUAUCAAAACAAUAGAAAUUCUUUUAGAUCGAUGAACGACGAAACGAGUUAUCAUCACUCGUCACGUGAAGUCGUCGAUAACAAUAGAAACAAUAAUCCAAGUAAUCGUAAUAAAAGCAAUUCAUCGAUGUCUAGAAAUGGAACUUCUUCUGUAUCGAACAGUAACAACAAUAAUAAGAAUCGAACGGAACGAUUGCCGCCUAGACUACAGAAUCGAAGUAAUCGAUCGCAUCGAGGAAGCGAACGAAGUGGUUCCGGUAGUCGAUUAGACACUGAUAUGCAUAAUGAAGAAUGGGAGACUGCUUCCGAUAAUAGUGAGGCCAUGGCUAGAGGCGAUCGUCGAUCUAAUAACAGUAAUAGAAGACAUUUAGAACACCCGUCACGAGAUAACAGAGACAAGAGAACAACACAAGAUAGGAGAAGUGGUGACAAUUAUCGUGGACAUCACGGUAGUGGAGGUGUUGGUGCUGGUGGUGCCAAUACGACUCAUAGAGGAGGCGGCAACGCUAACAAUAGAAAUCAAUCAACAAAUAGUUCGCAUGGUUUGCGGUCGUCGACAAACAAUAGCCAACAGCAACCAAAUGGUAGUAUUGACUCAACAACUAAUCGAGAUGUGACUGUUUUCCAAUUAAGUGGCGUAACUCUUGAUAAUCCAGAUGCUAUUAAAGAUGCAAUUAAUUCGUUGAAUAAUAAGAACAACAACAAUGAAGAAGACAAUGAUGUCUUGGAUAACGACGACGUCGACGACGAAGAGAUCGACAAUAGUGACGAUGGAUUUAAGACUAUCGAAAGAAAUAAGCGACGAAAUCGUCCGAAUCAGACGGGAAAUGAUAAUAAAAAAGUGAAACAUGAAAUUAAUCAAAAAUCAAAGGGUGCCGCCCCCACCACUACUAAUAAUAAAAGGUCGCCCAAACCUAAAUCAAAUCACGUUGCGCCCCGUUUUGCCAAACAAAAGGCAAACAAUGACAUAAACUCAUUACCAGAUGGAUUUGCCAACAAAAUUACCGACGAUUUCAAGUCACUAUCGAUUGUUGAUCCGAAAACUGUAGCCACCGAUGCUAUAGCUAAGACUCUACCCGAUAAACUGGACUCAACUGUUCGUAUAAAUUCUGUACCCAAUGCAUGGAUGAAACCAUUGAGUCUAUCCUCACAGACAACGGCCAGCAAUACAAGCAUCACAACAGUUACCAAAACGACAGCACAGGUAUCAAACUCUCAAGCAAACAACAAACAAACAAGCGCUCAAGCGUUAAGCACAUCGUCGAAAUCAAGUAGUUUUGAUCAGCACGACAGCGGUGUCGAAGUUUCGGAUCAUCCGCCGUCUACGGCAUCAUCGCAACGGUCGUCGCCAUCUAAUGACGAUAACAAGAUGACUACGACUACCGCUAAAUCUGUCGGUCAAGUGACUGAUAAGUGUACUGAUAUUGUAACUGAUUUGGAUGCGGCCAAACCAAUGUGUACAGUGAUCUUCGAGAAUACCAGAUAUAAAGAGGAAAACAAAGUCUUGGCUAAGAUAGUGCCGGCAAAGUCACCGUCAGCUAAGGAAAUGUACUCCAAUUCAACUUUAGUUAAUAGUGUUGACACCGAAACUGGUGGACAUUCCUCAUCACAGUUAAUGUCUGUCCAGAAAAAGACCGAUUCUGCACUAAUCGAUGAUCUAUCGGUUAACGACAAAUCACAGAUUUCGACGAAUGUGGCGAAAGUGGUAGGAAUGCAAAGGACUAACUUAUUGCCCACAGAAUCGGAUCUCAACGUAAAGAUAGCUUCGACUCGUAAAGUAUGGGAAAAUCCGUCGACAACAUCGGCGUCGGCAGCCAUUGAGUCGCCAAAAGAUACCCAAACGGUUGUCUUCAACAAGAAUUUCGAUGAUAACGACUUAAUCAAUAAUUCAAAUCACUGUCACGUCAGUGAUAUUAACAUUACAAAAGUUUCUGAAUUGACAAAAGUACACUAUUCUUCAACAUCAAUGGAUCAAUCAAUGCACACAAUGAACAAGAACAAGGCCUCACCCAUAACCUAUACCACGCCGACACCAAACCAAAUGAGCUCUCAGUAUAUUAGUUCUCAUCAAAGCCAACAACAGUCGAUAAUAUCGUCUCAGAUUUUGGUUAAUGCCAUUAAUUCUCCGCCAUUAGUCGAUAAUCGUUCCGUUCAAAACCUACAACCGUCGUUUCAAAUUCAUAAUAUAGCCGCCAAUCCGGCCAUAUCGACACCGCCGACAAUGCUAUACAAUACACACGUCGGGGCUCACAAUGUCUAUCACCAGCCGUUUAAUCCUCAGCUCGAUAGCCUGCAAGCUGUUAUGGCCCAAUUUCCUCCGCAACACAACACUGGCCAUUAUAGCCAACAGUUGAUGCAAAGCCAACAAAAUCUGACAAAUAUAUAUAUGGCCCAUCAGAUGACUCAGCCGACAGCCAACGAUCAAUACAAGCAGAUGGCCGCAGCCCAUCAGUCAUCAUUGACUAAGACACUACCGAUUAAUCAGUUUGCUGUCCACCAGAACAAUUCGUCUCUAUCGAACACUGCUUCGUGGACAACACCUGCCCAACACAACCAGACCAACAAUCAGACCGCCAAUUAUUAUCCACAAUCCUCUUCAGUGAACAAUGCACUUCAAGGACCGCCGCAUUUCGCAUUUCAAUCUCAACCUUCCAUUGGAUUGAUGUCUUCACAACCGUCGCAAACGAUCGUUCAGCCUCAGUAUCGGCCAACUCCACUGUCAAUCGGUAGAAACCCGAAUGUAGAAGCAACCAAUACGGUGGCCGCCAAUAUGAGAUCAAUGUUUACUGGCGGUAUCAUAAACGAUCAUAAAUUAGGAAAUUCGGUAAACCCGACAAUGGACGCCAGAAAUAGCGCCAACAGAACACUGCACGCCUACACUCAAGGCUCAAGUUUGCAACAUAUGCCACCGCCACCACAUCAACAGCAAAUGUAUGGCACGAAUCCUAAGUAUGCCAGUCGACCCAUGUUACCCAACUAUGCCCAACAAAUGCUCGGACAGGUACCCCUGUCUGCUCGACCUAAUUCGGCAGCAAUACUAUCGUCUAAUGUCGUCAAUUUGGCUAACAAUUACAAUACACCAAUUCAACGACCAAAAGUGAACCACAAUAAUAAUCGUAACAACAAUCCAAACACAUAUGUCAAGAAUCCACACCAACAACAUGUUCAACAACAACAACAGCAUAUUCAACAACAACACCAACAACAUGUUGUUCAACAACUACAGCAACAACAGCAAUCAUAUACAGGACAUAUGCCUGUCUCGGCAUCGUUGUCUAAUACACAACAGGCUAAGAUGAGACAGGAGGCUGUCCGACAAACCCAAUCGUUCUUUGCCCAGUCGUCGUCUACGUCAUCGGCGGCUAAUAAAAAUGAAUCGCAAAUAGAGUCUCAAAUUAGUGAAGAAGUUUCGACUGAUUCAGUGAAUACUAAUAAUAAGAUUAUUAAUGACAAACAAAUGUCUGCUGCACUCAAUGCCGAUGAAAACAAAUUGAAUCCGAUUGAGAAAAACGACUAAAUCUUAAUCUUAAAAGAUUUAUGAUUAAUAAUUAUAAUAAUAAAUAACGCAAUUUGAGAGUACU